CGAGCGCAGAGCCCACUCCGGAUGAACAGCAUGGCGGCGCCUUCUACAGCCGCUACAGCCCCCCUUACAGCCGCGAUGGCCUUAGACCGAGGCCGUGAGCUGUACAAGAAAGGCGACCUACUAGAAGCCAAGGCGGCAUUUAAAGACGCAGCGCGCCUUUCUCCAACAGACUCUGUGCCUCUUUCCAAUCUGUCUGCAGUCGAGUUCGAACUUGGCAAUUACACUGGUUGCGCCCUCUUCUCGCGGAGAGUGUUGGCGUUGCUUGAAGGCCAAGAGGAGCAAAACAGGAGCGCAUGCGUCAGAAAAUCUUCCAAAGAUUAGCGAAGGCUGAGUUUUAUAACCUGAAUUUGGAGGACGCUGCCGCUGCCCUCUCAAAGCAUGAGGCCGGGGCCACCCGUUUGCAGCUUGAGCCAUCCCUAUCCAUCACCACUCGCAUUCGGGAGACCACGGAUGAGAAGACGUGGCGAGAUAGGGUUCUGGACCGUCUUCCGAAAUACAAGCCCCAGCUGCAGGACGAACCGGAAUACUUUUCCGUGGGACAUGACGCAGCGGAUACGAUGGUGACUCCGCCUAUGCUCGCAACCUCCGGCAAGACCCUCGCUUUCCUCUUCUGUGGUAUCGGUGAUGCUCGCAAUUUGCUCGCCACUCUUGCGUUCAUCAGUUUGCUCGAGAUGCAGAAGCCCACCGCUAAGACGUUUCACUUCACGAUUGUGGACCACAAGGCCGCUGUUUUCGCUCGAGAUCUCUUGAUAUUUCAGCUCCUUCUCGAUGCGGUCAAAGAAUCCAAAGCGAAGAGCCGAGAGACGCUAGUGGUGGUAAGCUUUUUGUUUGCCGCCCAGGUUAUGCCCCAGUGGGUGUAUGACCGGCUGCAACAGGCCAUCAGAACUGUACUGGGUUCUCUGGAGAAUACUAAUACCGAUGUUAUGGGCAUGUUCUACAUCCCAGCAGAUACACGAUGGCGGAUUUCCCGUCAUCUUGAAGCUUGGCAACAGCCCCCCGAGCCAUGGUAUAACACGGCUAGCCUUCGAAGGCUCACACGCGAGCACGUGGGUGACCAAGACGAAGAAUUUGGCACCAGCAGAGAUCCUAUCCCGGGAACACCCGCCGGCUGCGAGAAUGAUGGGCCCGACGCCUUGGGCUUUGAGGAAAUGACUGUUCUUCUCCCCCACAUGGACCUGCUGGAGGCCAAGGAACCACACUUCGCUAAGAUAUUCCUGGCCUAUAGUCGAACUCACUCUCAAGCUCUAAUGAAGAAUAUCAGCGACUACAUCGAUUCAAUGUGGCAACCUAAUGUGACUCUGGUGGAUCUGGACUACGAAAACAAACGAGAAGGCACGCAUCGACCCCUCAUGGCCAUUCGACCACAUGAGGUUGCGCGUGCGCUCUUCGGCCACAUUCCGGCUACAAUAGCCGGAAAAACCAGCGGCGUUCUUAACCAUAUCGUUUCAUUCUUCGAAUUCGUUGCCAAUUUCAUGGAUAAGAUUCGCUCACGGACCGCUAUCGAGGUGGUUAUCGGAGAGAUGUCAGAUACCUUUCAGCGACUGCGACACGGGCUUUUGCGUGACAAGCAAUCCAAGAUGGGCAAGCUCGAUCCUCUCGUCUUUCCGGACAACUACGAUCGUAUCCACACUAGUAAUAUCCCAGACUAUGUUGGAGGGCCCCUUUCCACCUUCCUCCAUGGCUUACCGAUCCUGCGCCGCAGUAAGUCGUCCUUGUUGACUUCAUACGUUCUGCGCAACAUACCCGUCUGGAUAACGCACAACGACUUUCUCGCUGAAUACCUACUUUUGGGUAAGCGAGACCAAGUGCAUAACCAGUUCAACACCUUCAUCUGUGACACAUCCGUCAAGAACGAGGAAGAGCUAUCGGGAAAGCUCAUCGAUGGUGGAGGGUGUGUUAUGGCGGAGAGGUAUAAUUGGGCGCGAGACGCCAAGUUCCCAUUACCUUAUGGUCGUUUGAUGCCACGGCCGGAACUCGAGCGUUGGCUGUGUGCUCAUUUUCUGAAGCUCUGCUUGCCAUUUCCUCGGCCUCAGACGGGUCGUAACCAAGUCUUUGCACCCCUCAACAUGACGACGAUAUUUCACUUGGUGCUUCAUGCGUCCGAAUGCGGAUAUCCGGCUCAUUGGCUCUCAGACAUCUUGGCCAAGCUCUGCGACGGCGAGGUUACUACCACGGCACGUGCACCGCGCCUCCUGGUCACUAACGCGAAGGAAUGCGAAAAGCGAUAUCCGCCCAUCAAAGUCUGCCUGCGUCCCUUCAUGGCCGAGUUCAGAACGCUUAUGGCCUUAUGGCGACCCCUGUUUCCAUUCGGCGUCCUGCUUUCCCGCGACACGCUUCCAGACUGUCGAGACAUUAGCGAAUACAAGAUCCGGUUUCCUCCUCUUUACCCACACAACCUGGAAUGGCCGCACUUCAUCAUAGUUUUCAAAAACCGACGCUACGAUGUCAGGCACGACUUACGAAGCGCCUUGCUUGAUGACGAGACCGGAGACAUAAGUCCGGUGGCGAAAAAGACGAGAAAUGCCCCCGGGAUUCAUGUCAUUUCCGUCUUCGGCUGGAAGACUGAGACAGCGACGGCAUCGCUCUGGCUGGGUGAUGCUGUGGUGAGCGGAUUGCUGGCGGAGCCCGGUUGGGAAGCGUUCAUUUGGCGCGCGGAUGAUUGGACGCCCGCCAUGGGUCCGGUGUCCCUUACGGCGACGGGUGUGCUUGCAAAGGGAAGUGCUUGGUGCUAGGCGACUAAGUAAAUUAUGCUGAAGCACUUGAGGAUAUGGCUUUAGAAAUCCAUGGGAAUGACAACGGAGGCUGCAGACACAAUAUACUGCCGCCUUGAAGGGAGG